CAUUUGUUUUUGUUAUUGUGCGGGCAUCGGCAAUUUCUUCGAUCGUCAUUUUCAAACGCAGGGUUAUUUACAAUGCCGCGACCCAGAAGAUCUGAUCUUUCACAACGAAGCCGAAAUGCAAUUAGACUUCGCAAUGCAACGAAUAAUACCACUGAAGAAGAAAAAGAAAUAGCACGAGAAAGGUGUCGCCUUAGGAUGGCUCGACUUCGUGCUUCACAAACAGAAGAACAAAGAGAGGCAAGACGUCAAACGGAAAGGUUGGCACUGAGAAAUCGUCGAGCUUCUCAAACUGCAUGUGUUGCUUUGAAGUCCGUUGGAGAAAUAGGCACCGAUACUCGAGAUUUUACCAUAAGAUCUCUCCACUUUAAAUAUGAAAAACAAUCUACAAAAAGUUACUCAAGGAACUACAAGAAAAAAACAUCUGAAAUAAUUAGAUUUCCUAAAAACCCUGAGCGGAGGAAAAUUUGGUUUUCAAUAUUUGGGAUGGAGGAUAAUGAGAACUUUCCCAAAUAUGCAGAAAUAUGUUCAGAUCAUUUUCAUCCUAGUGAUAUUGUUACUAAACCUUACGGGAAUCGGUACUUAAGAGCAGAUGCGGAUCCGGACCUUAAUGCACCAUUUUUCCCUGACCCUUCUUGUUCUAGCUCUAGAUCUACUGCUAGUGUCUCGCCACCAUCUCCUUGGUCACCCCCAAGAUCAUCAGGGUAAGUUGAAUUUUCGAUAUUAAUCACGAGUUACAAAAUUUAAAAAAAAAAUGACCUCAAUAAAUAUCAACUCUUAACUUAUUUAGAUCCCAUUGUGAUUAAAUAAAAAGAUUAGGAAAGAAAAAUUAUAUUUAUAAAUAAUGUAUAUUCUAUACUUAAGAGGACUCCG